AUGUCGCUGAAACACGGCAGCGGCACCGGCAAGGUCCAUUUCGGUGGUCUGGACGAUGUGUCUUUAUACGGCACACCCGUGGAGCCAGCCCCCCCAGCCUCGGACGCCAAACAGGGCUUCCUUCGGAAUCAGCUACAGGCGCUCUUUCAGCCCACCGACAACAAACUAGCCAUGAAACUCUUUGGCUCCAAGAAAGCGCUGAUGAAGGAGCGGAUCAGGCAGAAGGCGGCUGGCCAUUGGGUUAUACACCCCUGCAGUAGUUUCAGGUGA